CAAGGGCAGCUAAUUCUCAGCCAAACAGGAAGUGGAACAGAUGUGAAGAAGGACCUUGUUAAUAAAUAGGGAACUGGCGAAAUAUUAGAAUUUAGUUGAUUAUUCGCACAAUGAGUAGUGUCCAUUUACUAAAGUAGUAACUGAUUUAUUCCCGUAUUCAUUUUGGAUCGCUUGUCAGUGUCUGGCUGAACUGAACUGGCUCGAGAUGGCAGAAGAGGCUCUCUUUCAGUUGCUGCACAGUGAAAUUAUUCAAUAUGUCAACAGUGUGGAAUCUGGGGAAUCGGAGAAUGGACGAUGUGUCUCUAAACUGGAGGGCAUGGGAUUUCGUGUGGGACAAGGACUUAUUGAGAGCAGGCAUAUUUCUGAUUGCAGGUUUACCAAAGACACGCCACGCUUCAAAGAUGAGCUUGAUUUUAUGAAGUUUAUCUGCAAAGAUUUCUGGACCAGUGUUUUUAAGAAGCAAAUUGACAACCUGAGAACAAACCACCAGGGUAUUUAUGUGCUACAAGAUAACAAGUUCCGCCUGCUGAGCCAACUGUCUUCUGGAAAACAGUAUUUGGAGCAUGCGCCAAAGUUUUUAGCCUUCACCUGUGGACUGGUCCGAGGAGCACUUUCAAACCUUGGUGUGAAAAGUAUAGUCACGGUGGAAGUGUCAGUCAUGCCUGCCUGUAAAUUCCAGGUGAUGAUCCAGAAGAUGUAAUUCACUACAUAGAAGCGUAUUUCUCAACAUGUGCAUCUUAGUUUUACUGCCUUGUCAUAUUUUAUUGCCUUGCCCAUUUUAUUGUCACUAUGAUUGUUUUUUUUAUAUGCAUUAACUUGCAAACUACUGGCAUUACAGGUGUUUUGACAUGCAAAGGUCAAGCCUUAUUGUACUGUAUUGUGUUAGUAUUUUGACAUGCAUUAUUAUCUAUCCACAUUCACUGUGUUUUGAUUAUUAGUUUGCACAUUAAAAUGAUAUUAAAGCUGGAAUCCUAGUA